AGCUAUUUGUUAUCCAGCUGCAGCAAGACUCAUCCGGCCAAUUGAGAAUAGGUGCUAUGUCCUGGAUGUCGUAGUAGUGCAACCGUCAUACACGGUGCUGAUCCAGGGAACUUGGCUCUAAGACAUGCGUAAGCCUAUUGAGGUGAUUUAGAUCAGACCGUCGGUGCUCGCACGCAAGCCAGGCUUAAAGUCUGCCUCUUGCUUUUCUGCGCACAGCGGUACUGCUUGUGACCCUCAGAUUCAACAUGUCAAACAACGAGCCUUCACCAAACCAACGAGGUCGAGGGGGCCCUCCCUACGCACCAACAAAUGCGGGACUUGGUGGCUCUCCCGAUGUGAUUCCAGAUAUUCCCAUCGCAGCUGUCUUCCUAGUUCUCUACCUUGUCUUCGGCAUCAUUCACAUCAAGAUUCUUAAGAGCAACAAAGGCCGAGGGCAUAAGUUCAUCUUUAACGGCGCGAUUUUGGGUCUGUGCAAGAUCCGAGUGGUAGCCAUGUCCUUGAGGAUAGCAUGGGCGUGCAACCAGCGCAACGUUGGACUUGCAUUGGCAGCUAAUGUCUUCGUGUACGUUGGCACAAUCAUCGUUUACAUGGUCAACUGGUUCUUCACCCAGCGUGUGGUCCGCGCGCAGCACACAAAACUAGGGUGGUCGAUGCCCUACCGCAUUUUCCAUCGAGGCGCGCUGGGCCUGUUGAUCAUCAGCCUGCUGAUGCUUGUUGUCCCGUCGAUCUGGCAGUCUUUCACGCUGAACGCCAAUACACACCGCAUCUUCCGCAAUCUACAGCUCGCUGGCCAGACCUACUUCACCGUGCUCGCUUUCGCACCGAUCGUUCUUGUUCUUAUUUCCUUGAUCAUCCCACGUCAUGAGAUCGACAAGUUUGGAGCUGGCCGCCUCAGAGUCAACAUCAUAAUUCUAUUGAUUGCCGCUGGGGUCAUUUCGAUCGGACAGAUAUUCCGCUGCGUCAUCACGUGGCUGCCUCCCGUUCCCAUACGGAAUGCUCGAGGACAAUACCAAGAACCGCCAUGGUACUAUUCAAAGGGCUGCUUCUAUGCGUUCAAUUUCGUCACUGAAAUUAUCGUCAUCAUCAUAUACGCCGUCGUACGUGUUGAUCUGCGUUUUCACGUACCGGACGGUGCGAAGCGGGCAGGAGACUACAGCCGUAGCAGCGUCAACGUCCACAUCAGCAACCAGGAUCUUCAUGCCAAUAGGCUGUCGAUCCAUUCCAAUGGCUCCAACGAGACUCUGCACUCAUACCAGACAUCGAUGUUUGAGGACUCCGGGACGUUGGCCGACUCCCUCCGAUACCCGUCCACAACACUUGCAAUCGACGAGAAGACGGGAGCGUGGAAGGUCAAGCGUGCUUCGGGCUCGACGACGAGUAGUAAACGCUCAUCCGACGGUUCUCGAUCAUCCAUGUGGCUGGACAGGAACACCAUGAUCGAGAACAACAUCCCCCCCGUCCCCGAGAUCCCCUCACGCCUUAGUUGGCCACUCCGAACGUCCAUGCUGCACCCCAACGACUCCGUCGCCAAGCUCGAACAUAGCAACCACUCCUCAAAACACACCUCGCCCACCAGCCCAUACGAACUCAAGAACCACACCUUCAACGACCACGACGUCGGCGACGCAGUUCAAGCCGCCCUCAACAUCCUCGAAGGCAAACCCCAAAGCACCACCAAGACCCGCUCCCGAUCCCCGCCUCCAGGCUACGACAACAUCGCGGCAGCAUCACGCUCCUCGACCGAGAAGAAAUACAAGCACUUCUCACGCCCACGCUCCGACGUACCCCACACCACCCCCUCUCGCGAGAAAACACGCAAACACGCCUCGCACCCCGCUGUCAUCACAAAAGACGGCCGCAAAGUGCUGCGCAAGCAGAAAUCCGCAUCGGCCGAGAAAUCCUCCUCCCCUUCCCUGACCACCCCGUCGCCAUCCCAUUCUCCCACACCCCAGACACACUACUCCGGCCCGUCCUCGAUGCCCGAGCCCACCGCCGCGCUCUCCUCGCACCCCCCCAAGCACCCCCGACACGCCCGCACGCCCAGCCUCGAAGUCAUCGCGCUGGCGCCACGGGACCGUGCCGGGUCGCCGCGCGUGCUGGAUCUCAGCAGCGUCCCGCUGCUCAGCGGGUGCGAGUCGCGGCCCGAGUCGCCGCAUGCCGGGGCAGACGGGGACGGGUACGAGAUGCGUGGGGCGCGGUCGGGGGGCGCGGGGGCGCAGUCGAUGGAUAGUUCGACGGCGAGUGAGGCGGUGCGCGCGGAGGAUGAGUUUCGCCGGUUUAGCUUUGAGGCGGGGGGGCGAUGCGGUGGCGGAUGGGGAGCCGGGGCGGAGGCGGGGUGCGUAAGACGGGGCGUGGUUUCCUUUGUAAUUUCUAUGUAUAUACUAUUCCGUUUUAGCGGGCGGGGGGCAAUUUGUACUCAUGAUAUGGUAGUUUUGUAUGAUUUGUGGUUUGGAUUGCUGCUGCCUCAUUCUUUUGGCUCUUUCAUAGAUGGUGUAUGUUCAUUCUUUCUUUUGACACCUCUGCCAUGAGUUUCUACAAGACUGUACACUGUGGUUUUAUCAUUAGAAAGGUGUGGUAAUCCGCUGAGACGAAGGCUUAUACCUAUCCGCCGUCACCAAUGCGAGUGGAUGCGAAGGUGU